AUGCAGGUCGGUAGCGACCACUUAUUCUCUCUUCGGAUCGUCUUCGCGGCUCUGGUGCUUUCCGAUUUGAUUUCACGAUGCGAUGCAAUCAAGUGCUUUUCCUGCGCUAACGACUUUGUCGUUUGGGUCAGUGCACGUCUUUCUUUUUUCACUCAAACUCCGGCAUCGUCUAAUUUUUUCUUACUCAGUUCCUUGGGAAGCUCUUUUGAAAAGGCCUUCAAUUUUUCUUCUAGUUUCGAGAUCAUCUAAAAAUUUCGAUUAGAGUCGGUAAAAGAUUUCCAGAAUCACAACUUCACUGAAAACUUUUUUGGUUCGAAUUACUUCUUUCUGGAAAAAAAAACCAAGUAACACAUAUUUUCUGAUCAAUUUUUCAGCAAUGGAGACAUUUCUUUUUGAAACGCAAUUAUGAGUUGUCAGCUAGCGAUCCGGAAUGCCCGAGCAGGUGAGAUUCACCGCCAGUCUGGGUCUUGAAUGUUUUUGCAGCCGAGAUUUCAAGACCGACUCCUACCAAGUAUGCCAUUCUACUUGUUUUGUGUUCUAUCUCAAUGGUACAGACAAGCUCACGGGUUACACGACAGUGCUUGGUAUUUCUUUGUGAAGUGAAAAUGAAAAACACCUUUACAUUAAGGAGUUGGUAGAGGCUGCUCUGCACAGUUUCUCACUGAUGAUCAGCACCUUCAUCUGGGUCUCGGCCCGCAUUCUAAGCCUUCUGAGGUCGGCGACUACUUGCCACACGACUUCGACAAGGUUUUGUUUGCUUUUAUUUUUUUAGAAAAAACUCUUUACCUUCUAUACCAAAAAAAGUACUUGACGAAGACUUCAAAAAGUUCUGCUAAAUUGGAAGAUUUUUGAAUGUUCAUUGCUCAUCGAGCUAUGCAAAAAGUAGGAAUUGUUUUCAGGCGCAGAAAAAAACGAAACAACAUUUUUAGAGCGCAAAGAGCCUAGUUUUUAUGGAUUUUUCUUUGAACUGUGGAAAUAUGUUAAUGGUCGAUUUGCGUGUAGCUGGACCUGACGGAGCACUGGUGCUUCUGCGCGACUGAGAAGUGCAACAGCGAGGAAUGCUUCGCUUCGCCGUUCGGCUCUCGUGACUACGCUUCUUCCUAUAUCGCCAAAAGACUACAAUACACAUCUUCCUAUGCACACAAUCCCUGGAGAUAUCGAAAUUAUACCGGUCGUAAUUUCCCGUCUUUUUUCCUUCUGUCCUUCAUCUAUACAUACUUUGCAAUGUAG